CUUUUGACGAGGAAGCCAACAGUUUGCGACGAUAAAUCACUAUAAUAUUUCCUCUUCCCAUCGAUUCAACGCGGCCUUUCAAAAUGGCGGAUUUUGGCGCAUACCCACCUAAUAUGGCACCUCAAAAUGCCCUGAUAGCUCGAAAUGCAGAAGGUCCAGAACAUGCCGUGGUUCAAUACAGUGCUGAUAAUUUAGCCCGCGCAACACAAGGUCCUGCAAAUCCAUUCAAAGACGAGAAGACUUCACUUAAACGGAAAAAUGUACUUACUGGACAUGCCGAGGAAACUUAUAUUAGUGAACACACAUUUCGAGAUCAAUAUCGAGCGGUAGAGCGAAGAGGGAAUCAUCUUUCAGGUGCGCAAGCUAAAGAAGAAGCUGCCAGGAUACGAAGUAAGAGGCAGAAGAAAGGAGAUGCAACUAUAGCAGAAGGUGAUAACGCGUAUGUUGGACCUUGGGCGAGAUAUAAGAGGGAUGAAUAUGAGGAGGUUGAUGAAGAUGAACCAUUACGAAGUGAUGAAGAAUAUGAAGAGAUUGAGGAGGAUGUAAUUGAGAGUGGGACUGUUAUGGCUGCGCCACCGCAGGCACUUGCAAAACGGCAAGAAGUGGAAGAAUUGGGUGAUGAGACAACGACUUUCGAAGGAAGUGAACAGUACGAUUAUCAAGGACGGAGCUAUAUGCAUGUUCCUCAGGAUUUGGAUAUGGAUUUGAAGAAAGAACCUGGAAGUAUCAAGAAUUAUGUUCCGAAGAAGAUGGUACAUACUUGGAAAGGACAUACAAAACCUGUUAUUGGGAUUCGAUUCUUUCCUGGGUCUGGACAUUUACUUCUUUCCGGAAGUGCAGAUACUACAGUCAAAAUUUGGGAUGCUUAUCACUCAAGAGAGUUAUUACGGACGUAUUCCGGUCACUCGAAAGCUUUAUCAGAUGUUGCUUUCAACGCAACUGGUACACAAUUCCUCACCGCAUCUUACGACCGCAUGAUGAAAUUAUGGGAUACCGAGACAGGUCAAUGUAUAAAUCGAUUCACAACCGGUAAAUCUCCUCACGUCGUUCGCUUCAACCCGGAUCCAGAACACAGCAAUGAAUUCCUUGCUGGUAUGGCCGAUAAAAAGAUUGUUCAAUUCGAUAUUCGCACUCGGGAAAUUGUACAAGAAUACGAUCAUCAUCUUGCAGCUAUUAAUACCAUCACAUUUGUAGAUGAAAAUCGUCGUUUUAUCACUACAUCUGAUGAUAAAUCAUUACGAGCUUGGGAUUACAAUAUUCCAGUUCCUAUUAAAUUUAUCGCCGAACCACAUAUGUAUCCUAUGACCCGAGCAUCACUACAUCCAUCUAAAAAAUGGGUAGCAUAUCAAUCGUCUGAUAAUAAUAUCUUCGUUUAUGGAGCUACAGAUAAGUUCCGACAAAAUCGAAAGAAAGUUUUCAAGGGUCAUAAUAAUGCGGGUUAUGCAAUUGAUGUGGCAUGUAGUCCUGAUGGGCAAUUUGUCGCUUCAGGUGAUAGUGGUGGUUAUGUAUGUUUUUGGGAUUGGAAACAAUGUAAGAUGUAUCAUAAAUUUCUAAAGAUCUUGUGUGAGUGGAUCAGGAGAGUUCGAAGGUGGGGAUCGAUUAGAUAUUGGGAUGAGGGGGGGAGGGAGGAGAUCGAUGAGGAAUGGAAUGGAUUGGGGGAUAGAAUUGAGUAAGACACAAAACGAUGAUAAUAUUCUAAUAACCGAGAAACUCUCUUGUAACUUGGUUUUAAAUGUGUUGGUUAUAAGUCUAGUAUUUCAUUUUUGUACCACCCCUCUUUAGGACCACUCUUUUAUAUUAAAAUAACAAUUUUCACUCAUUAAUAGUUCUACAUUAUAAAUUAAAAUUGACUUUAAUAAUAUAUAUUUAAUUAUUUAAAUUUUAUAUUCUUUAAAGAAUAUAUAUAUAUUAUAGAUUUAAUAUUAUUAAAAUUAUACUAGAUGAGUGGUUGAUCUUCUCGGGGUAUAUAUAAACCUUAAGAAAUAUAAGAUCGGUAUCGAGUUCAUUCUUCUGUUUU